UGUGAGCAUAUUAUUGAAAUUUGCUUGUGGCAAAGACGUUUUGUAUAUAGUUUUGAGUUUUCAGCACCAAAACAAGUGAGUAGUUCGGAAAAGCGAGCAAAAUACAAGUUAAUGUUGUAGCAUUUUGUCUUGUUUUUUUGUUUUGUUUAUUAAAUUAAAAAACAAUUUCGCCGAAGCGUGUAAAAUUGGGCGCACACCUACUACGUAGAUAUGUAAAUAGAUUUAGUUAGGCAUUGUGUGGUGGAUGGCUGUUGAAGCGUAUAUUAUUGGCGCGAAAAACUAAAGACACGCUUUUGUGCGAAUACUAAUCUCAUAGCUCGCUAAAACGCUGCGACAUUCUACUGGCGCUCAAAAGAUUAUGUAAGAGAAAAUAUCGGCCCACAACGAAGCGCCUUGUAAUCCCUCGAAUGUCGCUGUUGGGCAAAUCUAUUACCUACACACGCGGUACACAUCGACGUGAUGCUCGCUACCGGAUCAUACAAGGUCGUAUUUAUAAUUUUCUGGAGCGUCCACGCGGUUUAUUCGCAAUCUCCUAUCACAUAAUGGUAUUUAUUUUGAUCUUCACCUGCUUAGCCUUAAGUAUUUUCGCCACAAUCAACGAAUAUGAAAAAGAGGCAUCAUUUUCCUUAUAUCGUCUGGAGGUGUUGGUGGUAUUUUGGCUCACGAUUGAAUUUAUUGUACGGUUAUGGGCGGCAGGCGUACGCUCACGUUAUCAGGGUCUGCUGGGACGCUUCAAAUUCAUGACCGGCACAUUUUGCAUCAUAGACCUCAUUACCAUUGCCGCCUCACUGAUUGCUUUGGCGCAGGGUGCACCACGUCGCGUGUUUGCCACCAGCACUUUGCGUGCGCUGAGGUUCUUUCAGAUCUUGCGCAUGUUGCGCAUGGAUCGACGUGGUGGUAGCUGGAAACUUUUGGGGAGCGUUGUCUACGCGCAUAGACAGGAACUACUCACAUCAGUCUACAUCGGUUUUCUCGGUCUCACUUUCUCUUCCUUCCUGGUUUACUUGGUUGAACGUGAUGUUAAUGAGCAGUUCAGCAAUUUUGCGAAAGCUUUAUGGUGGGGUGUUAUAACAAUGUGUACUAUCGGAUAUGGCGACUCAGUGCCCAUAACCUGGCAGGGUAAACUCAUCGGUUCGAUUGUUACUUUGUUGAGCUAUUCGUUCUUUGCACUUCCGGCGGGCAUCUUGGGCAGCGGUUUUGCCUUGAAAGUCCAACAACAACAGCGUCAAAAGCAUAUGAUAAGUCGCUAUCAGCCCGCGGCCACAUUGAUACAGUCCGCUUGGCGUUAUUAUGCAGCAGAUGAGAAUUCUACUGCCGUGGCCACAUGGAAGAUACACGAAAUACCCAUACAAAUGCCAAGUCCCACGAGCUCCUUCAAAGUUCAAAGCCCCUUGCGACGUUUGCCUAGUCGCCGUCGCCGUAGCCAAACCAUACAUUCGCCUGCCGAUAUUGUGCAUAUUGAGUCAGCGAAGUCGGGUCGCUAUCUUUCGGUCUUCAAUGACAAAUCUGUCGAAAGUCAAGAUGAAGAAUAUACACCAAAGUGCAAUACGUUGAUGAAGAAACACAAAAUCGCUAUCAGAUUUAUAAGAAUGCUUAAGUUUAUGGUUGCCCGUCGAAAAUUCAAAGAAGCCUUGAAACCCUACGAUGUGAAAGAUGUACUGGAACAGUAUGCGGCUGGUCACGCGGACCUGUUGAUGCGAGUAAAGAAUAUACACGCGAGAUUGGAUCUAAUAUUAGGCGGCAAGCGUGCGCCAAAAAUCAAGGAUGCAUCGAAAAUCUGCUUAGCUUCCAGAGUGGUCAAAAUGGAGAGACAAGUGACCGAUAUUGAUGAUAAGCUGGAUCUACUGAUCAGACAAUAUAUGGAGGAUCGCAGACGAAAAGAAAAUGAUAACGAAGAGCAGUCAAAUUUGGCGCCGGCACUCGAAGCCGUGAAUACAGAGACGAUCAACAAAAGAGAGAAAGAAAAUAUUACGGCCGCUGUGAAGGAAGCAAAAAGUGCCAAUAGAACAAGUCUCCCCUCGAUCGUCUAUCAACCACACCUGCCCGCGAAUAUAAAUUAUCCUCCACAUCGUGACUUAAAGUUACCACUCCCACAGCAGCGACCUGAUAGUGCAAUCAUAUUUAUAGAUGAUUUGGGCAAAGUAGAAGAAGGCGAUAUAUUCGCUGAGGACGAUGAGUACAGCGAUGCUAUGUAUGCAUCAGUGGAAGCGUAUUUGGGUUGGACUUGAAGUGCUGUGUGUUUAAGUGAAGCACGGAAGCUUGGUUUCCAUAACAUAAUACUAAAAUUUUGUGUCCCUUGCAGCAGCUGCAGACAA